AUGGCAGCCAUCUCGAUGCUAGCCGUUGUCGUGGCGGCGAUAGCUGCCAACCUCGUACACGCGCAUACUGUCAUCACGUAUCCGGGAUGGAGAGGCGACAAUCUGAUUACGAACGAUACCUUUCCCUAUGGAAUGCAAUGGAUGUACCCUUGCGGCGGCAUGCGCACAACCACAAACCGGACCCUCUGGCCCACGACGGGUGGCGCCAUCGCCCUCCAACCAGGCUGGUUCCAAGGCCACGCCACCGCCUUCCUCUACAUCAACCUGGGCUUCGGCACGGACGGGCCGGACCACGGCCCGCCCAACAUGUCGUUCCCCAUGAUGCCCGUAUUCCAGAUCGUCGGGCCGAGCAAGAACCCGUACCCGGGGACCUUCUGCCUGCCUCAGGUGCCGCUGCCGGCGAACACGACGGUGCAGGUCGGCGACAACGCCACGAUCCAGGUCGUGGAGACGGCCAUCCACGGUGCGAGUCUGUUUUCGUGCGUCGACAUCACCUUCGCAGACCCCAAGGACGUCGCCGAAGUCAACGAGACCAACUGCUUCAACAGCUCUGAUAUUUCCUUCAACAACGUCUACUCCAUCCCCGCAGAUGGCCAGACCUCGGCCGCCGCCCGGACCACCGCGGUAGCCAAUCUGCUACCUCUUGCUGCUGGCUUGAUGUUGAUGAUCUUCGUUCUCCUUUAA